AUUCAAAGGUCGAUCAAAGCCCCAACUUAGUCAGUAGGGCCGAUAAUAACUACCUCAGCGUCAGAUACUCAUGUCUCUAUUCGUAUACGUUGGCAGUGUCUGCUGAUAUCGUAUUUCUUGACACGUCUCGCAGCUAUCGCGACUGAAUACAUUUAAUCUUUUGUACAUGAUGAGGACGCGCCAAUAGGCAAACUACGGGACCUCUCAACAUUGCAUUGAUCAGGCCUGCAAUUGCAAAGGAUUGAAAAGCCAUGACAUAAAGAGUAAAUACUCAACACGUGGAAUCGUUCCUGUCGGGCAUCGCCCUUUCUGAUAUCAUGAGCCACCUUCGACGAAGAAGAAUCAGCGGCACUUCACCAGCUUUGUUACCCACUGGCCUCGCCAGUUUUGUCCAAGUAGACGUUGAAGGACAUCUGUUUGACGACAAUGGCCUGUGGAGAGAAGCCCCCGUCUUCAAAGGCACCACCAAAUUCGACCCCCUCCCCGACAUGAAGAACAUCCUCGUGACCGGUGGAGCAGGUUUCAUCGCAUCGUGGGUAGUCCGCCACCUGACUCUAACAUACCCUGACGACUACAACAUUGUAUGCUACGACAAACUCGACUACUGUGCCUCCAUGUCUAAUAUCCGCUCCCUCGGCACCAGCAACAACUUCAGAUUUGUACACGGUGAUAUUACCAACCCCUCCACUGUACGUGCGUGCCUGGUCGAACAUAAGAUUGACACCAUUCUGCAUUUUGCCGCGCAAUCACACGUCGAUCUAUCUUUCGGCAACAGCUACGAGUUCACAAACACAAACGUAUUUGGCACACACGUGCUGCUCGAGUCGGCGCGCGAAGUCGGACUGAAGCGUUUCGUGCAUAUCUCCACCGACGAAGUUUAUGGCGAGGUCAGUGAUGACGAGGAGGGGUUAAUCGAGAAUACGAUCCUGGCGCCGACAAAUCCAUAUGCGGCGAGCAAAGCGGCGGCCGAGAUGCUGGUCAAUGGGUACUGGAAGAGCUUUAAAUUGCCCGUCAUGAUCAUUCGGAGCAAUAAUGUAUACGGCCCGCACCAAUACCCGGAGAAAGUGAUUCCGAAAUUCACGUGUCUGCUGAACAGACAGCAGAAACUGCUGCUGCAUGGGGACGGAAAGCAUGCGCGCAAAUAUCUGUACGCAGGAGAUGCGUGUGAUGCGUUUGACACGAUUCUACACAAGGGCACGAUGGGGCAGGUUUACAACAUCCCGUCAAACGACGAGAUCUCGAACCUGAAUUUGUGUUCGCAGUUGUUGGACUAUUUCGGGUAUCCGAACUCGACAAGCAGCGAAUUCUACAUGUGUGUGCAGCACACGCAGGACAGGCCCUUCAACGAUCGGCGGUAUGCAGUAGACGGGAGUAAACUGAAGCAGCUAGGAUGGUCGCAGAAGACGAGUUGGGAGGAAGGCUUCAAGACAACUGUGGGUUGGUAUAUAAAGUACGGGGAGACUUGGUGGGGAGACAUUGAAGGAGUGUUCACGGCAUUUCCGACAAUCACUGAGGGUGACGUUUCUACGGUUGAGAAUGUUUAUGAGAGGCCGGAGAGGCUCGGAAGUAUUGAUAUUGGAAGGUUGAAUGGUGUCAUCCCGGAAGAGCCUCGUGCUGAGGAUGCAUCAGAUACGCCAGUUCAUGAGGCGAUCGAAGAUAUCACACCGAUGCCAUUACCCGAGGCAGCGCAUAAUACGCAGGGCUUUGCCCUAUAGAUAUUUCCUAGAUAUGGAUAGAAAUCUGUUUUGAACAUGAGAUGACGAUGAAAGCUUAUCUUGCCAUAACUACGACGCCUCUUGGUGGUGGAGAGCAAAGGCUUGUUAGUCGUACUGUAGAGCAGAGG